AUUCAUAGGGCGCGCCGCGCGGCGUUGAUGGAUAGAGAUAAGUCGUCUUACCGCCCAAUAAAUUGUCAUUUGAGGAUGCAACAUUCACAGUGCACCAGUGAAAUAGCAGUUUAAUGGUGAAGUCAUGAUGUGAAGCGUUUGCCGCUUUUGUAAAUGCCCAUGGACUGAACUCAAACUGAAGCUGUUACAGUUACCGGUUGAGGUCACAACACUCACACGGUCUCGGUUCACGGUUGUUUGUCGUGAAUCAAAUCAGAGGAAUAAACUCAAGAAAUGAGAUGGCUGUGGGAGAAGCAUGGACGUUCACUUCCAACCUACAGAAUGAUCAUGUUUCUCUUUUACUUUUUAAUCCUGAAGAUAAAACAUAUUUGUUCAAGAACAUGCAAGAGAGGGAGGUGCCGCACGGAACCUUCCUUCCGGGUGGGCCAACCACCGUAGCAUUGAAUACAUGGAACAAGGUCAUGCAAAGCAAACUUAGCGAGGUUGCUGGUUCCUGUGAUAUAAGUCCACAUCUACUGAAAAUUCAGAGGUUCUUCAUCCCAUGCUUGUCCAGAGCUAUCAGCCAUGUCAUCUUCUACAUGCCAAUCAAUGCCAAGAUCAAAAACAGAACAAAGGCCAAGCCCGGCCUGCGGUGGCUGACGGCCGCGCAGGCGCGCGCCUCGGUCACCGAGGGCCAGCUGAUGGCAAGUCCCGAGGUGCUGGACUACAUCCAGCUGGCCGAGGCGCGGCAGGCGGGUGCCAGCGAUGCCGCCGGAGGCUCUGGAGACGUCGCCCUGGACGAGAAGGGUGGCAGCUACAUCUACGUCCUGCCGGAGGACAGGGCGGUGAAGCUGCCGCAUGAGGCGCUGCUGGAGGCUGCCCAGCUCCUGAAACUGGAGCAAGGUCUGCUGUACGAAGAGUUUGUCCGCCGCUGCUUCCCGUGCCUGUUCAUGAACUUCUCUCGGUUCUCGGACCUGGUGCAGAGUCUGGGAUGGGAGCAGGCGACGCACAAGGACCUGUUCAGGAGUCUGGACUCUCAGAGCCGCGGCGCUCUGACGUACCGUGACUUGCUGUUCGGUCUGGCGGCGCUGGAGCCGUGUACCCAGCACGGCGGGCCGCCGGCAGAGAUACGCUGCCGCUACAUCUUCCGGUACUACGACAAGGAUAACGACGGCCGGCUGGAGUUUUCCGAGUUCCGACAGAUCGUCAGCGACAUCCGCCGCUUCAAGGGCCAGAGCGUGAACAAGGAGGAGCUGAUGCUGGUCACCGAACAGAGCGCCAAGGUGUUUGGCGCCGAGUCCAGCGAGUAUCUGACGCUAACCGAGUUUCUGACGGGAGUCGGCCAGUUGAAGUUCCGAGGUACCUCGCUGCUGCUGCGAUCUCCCCAGUCGGUCAGCGCCUUCCUCAAACAGCGACAGAGCGCUGCGGACCGCCCCGGCUCGCCGGCCGGGGGACGGGUCUCCCCCCGUCCGUCCGUGAUGUUUGACCGGUCACCGCUGCACGCCACAGACGGACCCGAGAAACUCGAGGAAGUCUCGGCGGACGGUCCGUUCUUCAGUCCGUCGGCCGGCUCUGAGGGAACAGAGUACGAGCUGGCCACGCACUCUGUCCGGGUCCGGCGCACCGGGACCCUGCUGGACAUCAACGCCCUCUGGGACAUGGAAGACUCGUCCACCAUCUCGGCGUCUGCCCGGCUCAACAAACGCUCUCGCUGGGAGCGUAUCUCGUCUGUGGACAGCUUCAACCAGAAGUCUCAGCCCAACGAGAUGCUGAAUGGGCUGCGGUACUUCGAGCGUCCCGUGAGGACGGACCAGGCCGCCGGAAAACACGCCGCCAAGGAGCCCUUCCACUGGGGAAACGUGGACCGGUCGGUGCUGGCCAAGUGUCUGCUGCAGAUCUGCCACCUGGUCAGGGACAUCCUGGUGCAGGAGCCCCGCCUGCUGCAGCUCAAGUCGCCCUGCUACAUACUCGGCGAUAUCCACGGCAACUUCGAGGACCUGGUGUGCUUCGAGAAGUCUCUGUGGCGCCUGGGGCCGCUGCUCACGCCGGCCAGCUUCCUGUUCCUGGGGGACUACGUGGACCGCGGCGCCCACGGCGUCGAGGUAGUGGCCUACCUGUUCUCGCAGAAGCUGCUCUGUCCCAACAAGUUCCACCUGCUGCGGGGAAACCACGAGGUCCGCGAGAUUCAGCAGACUUUCACCUUUCAGAAGGAGUGCAUCACCAAGUUCGGCAAGAUCACCGGCCCGGAGGUGUGGGAGGCCGUCAACGAGUGUUUCGACGCCAUGCCGCUGGCAGCAGUCAUCGACAACAAGAUAUUCUGCGUGCACGGCGGCAUCCCUCCCCCAACCAUCGACGGCGGGAAGAUAUCGGCCAUCAACCGUAUCCCGUGCCCGCUGCCGCGUCCCGAGACGCAGAGCCCGCUGGCCUGGGAGAUCAUGUGGAACGACCCCAUCAGUAUGGGGGCGGUCAGCUCUGAGACACUGGACGAGCUGCGGGAAAACGACGGCUUCAUCGACAACUACCGUCGCGGCACGGCACACAUGUUCAGCAGCGAGGGCCUCGACCGGUUCCUGGCCCGCAACGAGCUGUCACACGUGGUGCGGGCGCACGAGGUGCAGCAGGCCGGAUUUCAGCUGCAGCAGAAGGGCCGCCUGCUGACUGUGUUCUCGUCGUCCCGCUACUGUGGCGGCUCGAACGAAGCCGCCUGUGUGCUGGCCGACUGCCACAAACUGCGCACCAUCCGGCUGGACACCGCCUGAGGGCACCGCGGGUCACUCGGGGUCACCGUCAAGGUCAGACGAGGUCGGAGGUCAGCUGAGGUCACAGGGUCAUAUAGAAGGUCAGCGCAGACUGUUUGACGAUGGGGCAGGUUCGCCGAAGCUGUUGUUGGAGAGUGACAGUGAAGCGGGGCGCAGUGCGGACGCGUGUCUGGUGACCUGGGAGGGUCAUAGUUCAGCAGAGGUCAGUUGUGAAAGGUCAGAGGCGGACUUGGGUCUUGUGCCCAGCGCUGGCGGACAAGGAUAGUUUGGCAUGGCGUGAUUGGGGAUGCGACCAGAGACCGCCGGUUGCAGGAAAUGUGAGGAAGGAAAGAGUAGGAGCAGAUUCUGACCCGGCAUAUCCACGAGAUGCACCCACGGAUGCUAAAAGGUGAAGUUUUGCGGUGUUGCUCUCUAGCAGGUAUGAUUAACUUUGUGAUAUCCGCCAUGAAAUAGUUAGUUCGACUUAGGAGUAGCUUGGAUUGUGAUCAUGUUGAAUAGUUCGAUAAAUGAGAUAGCAAUAUGAGAAGUUCAAGUUACAGAUUUCACGGUUUUAUGGCGGGAAGGUGGCGUCGCCGCUGAAAGUAAAUUUUGUCGUUUUCUAUUGAAAGAUUCACAUGGUGCCAUGUCGAAACUUCCACAGGGGAUCAGAUGA